AUGGGCUCAUCAUUGGCUCCUCCUUCUAACCGGUUGUCAUCUUUCGUUUCGAUUUCAUCAUGCUCUUUUGGUAAAAGUCAAACUUUUGCUCAGAGGAAAGUGAGAUUCCCCAAAAUCUAUGCGGCUAAGCAAUUGCAUUUCAACAAAGACGUGACUGCGAUUAAGAAGCUUCAAGCUGGUGUGAAUAAACUUGCAGAUUUAGUUGGGGUUACUCUUGGUCCUAAAGGCAGGAAUGUUGUUCUAGAGAGCAAAUACGGUCCCCUGAGAAUCGUUAAUGACGGUGUAACAGUCGCUAGAGAGGUGGAGCUUGAGGAUCCAGUUGAGAACAUUGGUGCUAAGCUUGUGAGACAAGCUGCUUCCAAGACCAAUGACUUAGUCGGUGAUGGAACUACGACUUCUGUUGUAAAGGUGGUGGCUGCUGGUGCAAAUCCGGUUUUGAUCACCAGAGGAAUCGAGAAAACCACCAAGGCUCUUGUCGCCGAGUUGAAGAAAAUGUCAAAGGAGGUCAAAGAUAGUGAUAGUGAACUUGCAGAUGUUGCGGCAGUUAGUGCAGGAAACAAUUACGAAGUAGGCAAUAUGAUUGCGGAAGCAAUGGCAAAAGUUGGUCGUAAAGGUGUUGUUACUCUCGAGGAAGGAAAAAGCGCUGAGAAUAGCCUUUAUGUCGUUGAAGGAAUGCAAUUUGAUCGUGGCUAUAUGUCUCCUUACUUCGUUACUGACAGUGAGAAAAUGUCUGCAGAAUACGAAAACUGCAAGUUGCUUCUUGUUGAUGCGAAGAUAAGAAAUGCUAGAGAUAUUAUCAACGUUUUGGAAGAUACGAUUUAA